AUGAUGUGCCAGCUCACUGCUCGAUCCUGGUGGAACGUCGUGCUGGGAAUCUUGGAUGGGGCCGAGGAAGAAUCGGCCAGCGACAGAGAACGGGCGGUCAGACAGCUUUCCAUGAGCGAAUCUGGCUUCUUGGAAGCGGUCCCUUACGUUGUUGCCGCAGAGGUGACUUCUAUUGCCUGUUUUGUCUUUUCCCGCCAUCGAGAGAUGCUCAUGGACUUUUACGAGGAGUUGUUCAAGUUUGGGAAGGCAUACACACCAACUGAGGAGGAAGUAGGUGAGGAGAUGGAGCCCGAUGGCCAACCGCACUCAAACCGUGAGUUCACGUAUGAUGAGUGGGAGAAGGAGAAUUUGCUAUACUUGUCGUCAGCCGUGGGCUUGGGACUUGGCUAUCUCGAGAAGGUGCAGGGUCUGUCAGACAUGGCCCGACCAUCGUGGUUCCGAUUGAUUCUCGGCAACUUUCAACCGGCCGAGCACUCUCAUGUUCUGAGACUGAUGAAAACGUGGAAUGAGGUUGUUGGACCGGUUCAAGAACAAGGCGGCACGUUUGAGGCGGAAACGCCGGUGCGGAUGCCGCCGCAACCACAACCUGGCUCGUCAGUCCGAACAUCUUACGGUGCUUCGAGUUACCCGGGAUAUCAUCACAUCUUUUCCGGCCAAGCGAGGUCGUCGUAUUAUGUCACUAAUCUCAUGGAACAUGGCUGGCCGUUUUGGGAUUUGGAUAGGACAGUUGCUUUGGAGCCCAGCCUGGAGCUAGAACCAGCGUACUCGGAGAGCAAUUGGAGGGUGUUGCACACCGGCAGAAACGACAAUCCCCUUCGGAAUCACCCAUUUUGGCUGCCCGAGCAUGGAUGGCGGCCAAUAAUUACGAAAAUGCUUUUCCCCAAUUUUGAUGCCUCAACUCCAUUCGAUCAACUGGAUUUUGACAUGAUCAAGAUCGGGUCGGGUCAUGGUCGUCGAUGA